AUGGACCGCCUUCGCAGGUCGAUUAGGCAGUCUUUUCGACGGAAACGUAGUCCAGAAAUUGGGACUCCUUCAGAAUUAGUUGGAAAUGGAAGCAGUAGUGGACGACCAGAUCAUCUGUAUCAACCUGAUGAAAACGCUGUGCGGACGGGAUUAUGUAGUUUUCACGUGAAGUAUUUGGGUGCAGUGGAGGUAUUUGAGUCUCGAGGAAUGCAAGCUUGUGAAGUUGCUCUAAAACGUCUUAGGAAUAGUCAAAAAAGGCCAGUCAAGGCUGUGUUGUAUGUAUCGGGAGACGGCAUCCGUGUUGUGGAUCAACAAUAUAAUCGAGGACUCAUUGUUGAUCAAACUAUUGAAAAGGUCUCGUUUUGUGCGCCGGAUAGACAUAAUGUAAAAGGGUUUGCCUAUAUUUGUCGUGAUGGAACUAGUAGAAGAUGGAUGUGCCAUGGUUUUCAUGCAUCGAAGGACACGGGUGAUAGGCUAUCACACGCUGUCGGAUGUGCUUUUGCUAUUUGUCUAGAGAGAAAAAAGAAGAGAGACGAAGAAACAACGGUUACAGCAGAGCAGGCUCUAAACCCUGAUUGGGGAGAAAAAAGCCCUACUCACGUUCCUGUUCCGAUUCCUGAAGAACCAACUAACUAUGCACAACGAACUAAUUGCGCUUAUCAGUCUUUCCGGAAACAAAUAUCCAUCAGUGAACGUCUUCAAGACCCACAAUCUGUGAUUGUGAAUGUUGCCCCUGAGAAGGUUUCCACUACUGAUCCAAGCAUUGCUAAGCCUCGCCCAAGUGCCAAUCCUGCAUUGUUCCAAAGACAAGGUUCUCUCCGUGCUCCUGAAAGUUCAGCCAAUGCCCAAUUCAGAAGAAACUAUUCUUUGCGAGCCCCAUCAGUUGAAUCAGCGUUGUGCACUAAUGCUGCUCCUACUCUCUUCAAGGAGCCCAUUUAUGAAGGGGACGAAGAAGAACCUGCCCAACAUACUUUGGGAACUGCUCCGAACGAUCAUCGUUUUGCUUACACGGACAAUCAGAGUUGUUCCUCUCAUCUUAACGAUUUACUGGGAGGACCACUCAUAUCUACUCAACCUUCAACAUCGAAUUCGAUUUCUCAUAACUAUUCUCAAGUUCCUGUUGCAAAUCAAUGGAGUACUUUCGAUUCUUCCAUGAAUAGAAGUCGACCAUCAACUUCAGCUGGAAUUCCCUCCGCACCAUCAGGCGUCAAUCAACCCAUAAGCGUUAACACCCAAUGGAACAAUACCAGUCCCCCACUAAACUCUUCUCGUUCAAAAGCUGACGAAUGGCUAGACGGUGCCGUUCGUUCAUCCAUGAGCUUCUCUUCACCGCCUACGACUGCUCAAGUCACACCAAGCCCAUCAUUCACUAAUGGAAUACCAGCAAACAUAAUGAACGGCGUAAAUUUAGCGUCCAACGCGAAAAUGAUUCCAAAUUUGGAGAGUCCACUGACGAGUGGCCCACCUCCAAGUCACCCACCACCUCCUUUGCCUUUAGUUGGUGCUGUUGCUAAUAAAGAUAACGCUAUCAGGCCAAACGCAAUAUCUAAUACUGACGCGUUCGGUCAAUCUGUAAAUUGGGACCCUGUACCUCAGGCUGUGAUGCCAAAACCUGAAGAUCCAUUCGAUAUUCAAUGGAGUCGUCUAACUAUUUCCUCUCACAAUCCUUUCUCUGCUGAGCUAAGUCAAAAUCGCGAAGUCAACUGUUUAUCCCGAUUUACAAUCAAUUUACAGUUGGCCAUGAUUCUAUGGACAGGCUUCAUUUUCAUACUUCCUUUUGUAACAUGUCAGAUAUCCGAUUACAAUAAGAAGUUGGAAACUGACUUGUUCAAAAACUAUAAUAGUCGUCAUCGUCCUGUUAAGAAGGAACAAACCACUGUGAAUGUGUCCGUCUUCAUAAGCAUAAGCCAUGUGGAGAAAGUUGAUGAGCAUGAGCAAACUAUGCUAUUACAUGGGUAUUUAUGGUCAUCAUGGGUUGAUGAGUAUCUGAACUGGAAGCCAAGUGACUAUAAUGGAACGACCAAAACCAAUAUUGAUGCUUAUCGUAUCUGGCAGCCUGCUCUUGCUCUUUACAAUAGUGCUCGUGGUAAUGCAUGGCAUUUGUACAUGAACAGUAUCCCAGCAAUGAUUAGCUCUGAUGGAAGGGUGUGGACUACUGGGUCUUUCUCAUUCUAUGUGACGUGCCGUUUUGAUUUCACAGAUUGGCCUUAUGACGAACAAGAAUGCCCUAUUGUUAUUUCCGAUUGGGUAUAUGAUUUAUCGAGAGUUAAUCUAACUGAUCCCAAUCCGGAUGCUAUCUGGAACAAACCUGCUAUUCGUCUGAACUAUGACCCAACGUUUGCUAGGGAGAAGAAGCAUGUCGGAGGCUGGGAAGUUUCUGAUGCUUGGCGGCGACACUGCUAUUGGGGCCCAGGAGGAUGCAAAGAACAGUUAUCUGGCGACAGUCCCGAUUGGUAUUGGUCACUUUUGGAGUUUGGUGUGAGAGUAAAACGUCAUGCACCGUAUUUCCGUUUGACGGUCGUGUUUCCAACGUUGAUUACAUGCAUCCUAACGUUAUGUUCUUUCUGGAUUGAUACGAAGAGUCUAGCCGUCUCUUUACUUAUCUUUAAUAUCCUCUUACAAGGGUUGUACGGAUGGGACCUGAUCAGAGAGCUUCCGCCAGGAAGUGGAGGAGUUCCUAAGAUUGUAUCUCUAUACGGAUUCAAUCUUGCCAUGACAGCGCUAUCUUUCGUAAUUCAUGUACUCAUUCAGUACUUCGAGGUUAUGCUUCCGGAAAACUUGGAGCUUCCUACACAGCUAAGAUCUUUACCUCAAAAGCUUAAAAUCAGCAGACUGUUCGAAGUACAAGGUCUCUCUUUCGACCCUAUGUUAAUGUUGAAUGCGGAUACACAAUUUGAGGAUCCGAAAGAGUUCAACUCACCUCUAGCUUCUGUCAAUUCCUCUGACGCUCUGUCUCAAGAACAGGGUGACGUUCUCAUAAAUAUGGAUACGGAUGGAGGUACUGCCAGUAUCUCAUUAACCACACCAUCAUCGUCUUCAUCUCACCAGGAAGAGCAGCAAAGCUCAUCCAAAAACUCGGAAAAACCAGAAAAGACAGGACAAACAGCUCGACAAAUCUAUCUGAUCCGAAGAUUCUUAUUUUGCCUUUUUGCUAUAGGAUAUGGCAUUACAGUUCCUAUCUGUUUAUUCUAA